AUGGCCGCUCAGCCCUUCCCCGUGCGGAAAGCAACCACCAACUUUGGCGCGCCGAGUUUCCAGGACAACCGUACACAAUGGGACACGACACUCGGGAUCUUCGAGGGAAAUCUGAAGCAGGUCGCCUCAGAAGGAAAUGAGAAGUCGACUCAAAGACACGUCGAACGAAACCAAUUACUACCACGAGACAGGAUAGCUCUACUACUAGAUGCAGAUUCACCAUUCUUGGAGCUUGGGGCCUUUGCUGGCUUCGGAGUCGAGGGAUCCAACUCCUGCGCCAACAUCAUCGCAGGCAUUGGUCUAGUGAGCGGGAAGCCAUGUCUCUUGAUGUCACACAUUCCCACUCAAAGCGGCGGAGCUUGGAAUGAAUUGACAGUGCUCAAGGUGAACCGGAUCAUGGAGAUCGGGAUGGAGAACAAUCUCCCUCUUAUAUCACUGGUGCAAUCAGCAGGCGUAUUCCUCCCCCAACAAUUCCGGGUCUUCCACAAGGGCGGGCAGCUCUUCCGUGACCUCGCAAUCCGUUCACAACAGGGCAUCCCUUCAUGCGCCAUCGUCUUUGGCCCCUCCACUGCUGGUGGCGCCUACCACCCCGCAUUGUCAGACUACACGAUCUUCGUCAAGGACCAGGCACAGGUUUUCUUAGGCGGUCCUCCUCUGGUAAAGAUGGCCACAGGAGAGACCAUCGGAGCGGAGGAGCUCGGCGGAGCCAAGGUGCACGCGACGCGUACAGGCCUCGCUGAUCAGAUGGCUGUGGACGAAUUCGACGCUAUCCGCAAAGCGCGGCUCUGGAUGGCUACGCUUCGAGUUUCGCGCAGUCAUUUACCCUCCACGACACCGAUGGAGCCUCGGUACUCGGCCGAGGACAUUUUGUCGUUGGUCAACUGCGACAUCCGGAAGCCCUUUGACAUGCGUGAGGUCCUGCUGCGGAUCGUGGAUGACUCGCGACUGGCCGAGUUCAAGCCAGAGUAUGGGCGCAAUAUGCUCACCACUUGGGCGCAUAUUCAUGGUUUCCGAGUCGGCAUUGUCGCCAACCAGACCCCUGUCAUUCACGUCCAGGAAGCCGUAAAGGCUGCUCAGUUCAUAAGGCUCUGUAAUCAAGAAAUCAUGCCGAUCAUCUUCCUCCACAACGUCACCGGCUUCAUGGUCGGCCCCAAAGCAGAGCAUUCCGCCAUCAUCAAGACAGGCGCCCAGCUGGUCUCCGCAGUAAGCUGCUCCAAGGUGCCGCACAUCAGCAUCAUUCUGGGCGCGUCCUACGGCGCCGGCAACUACGCCAUGUGCGGCCGCUCCUACCGCCCCCGCUUCCUCUUCACCUGGCCGACGGGUCGCUGCAGCGUGAUGGGCCCGGAUCAGCUGGCGGGCGUGAUGGAGACCAUCAAGACCAAGGGCGGCUCCGGGGCCCCGAGUGAAGCCAUCAAGGCCGAGUUGCAGAAGCUGCGCGACGACGCGCUCAGGGACUCGGACUGCUAUUCGACGAGCUCGAUGUUGAUCGACGACGGCGUGAUCGAUCCCCGGGACACCCGUGACGUUCUCGGCAUGUGCCUGGACGUGGUCCAGCUGCCCGAGGUCGCAAACACGCAGAGCUUCCGAAGUCUGGCUAGGAUUUAG